AUGAAGGCCUUUUUUAACAGACUCGCAGGCAAGGACAAGGACAAGGACCAGUCAGCUAUCGGCAAGGAAAAGUUUCCGCCCCUCAGGCAAUGGCCGCCCCCAGAAGACCCGCCCCGGCCAGCUUCAACACCGGCAGUCGUAUCCUCAAACUUCAAGCCCCUCCCUGAACUCGUUCCUUCCCAAUUUCUCAACCAGCUCACACAACGACCUCUGCCGCCUAUAGAACAGGGCGGCCAAACGACCCCAGCGCCAACUUUCAAAUCACCCCAAUCAGUCAAGCAUUCAAGUUCAGAGGAAUCAGCGCGUCAGGACCAGGAAGUCAGUCCAAAGGUCUCCAGAAGGAAUACCAAGGAUAGUGCACGCGAUGGCUCGGGCACCUCGAACGAUGUCCAGAAGAAAGUCGCCUUCAUAUCACCGCCGCCAACGCCUACGCCAAACUUUGAGCGUACUCUCCCAGAAACUACUCCCACAUCUUCUCCAGUAGCGACUCAACCAUCCAAGACUCCAGUCUCCCGGUUCCAGGCUGCCCAUGGAAAGGAACCUCGUGCUUCACCUUCUUCUGGCACACCGGCUUCCUCGUCUAAAACGGACGUAUCAACCACUGCUAACAAGAACUCGGCAAAGUCUACUUCUACUCGAACUGCGUCUCCUUACCUCCAGAAAUCCUUCGAAGCAGCCUCUGCCCCUUCCCUGCGCUCAGGAACUCCUUAUUCCUCGAUGUCCAACACAACUAGCGGCAGUCGUAUCCUAGCAGCCACCUCGUGGAGUGAACUGGCCGAGGGCGACCUUGUUUCCAAUCUGGGAUCUCGGGAGCGAACACGCCAGGAAGUCUUAUACGUACAAGAACUAAUCAAGUUCAAGGACACCUUCAUCGACCCCCUCCUCCACCCAUAUGCAACCUCGGUCGCCGCUAUUGCCUCCACUCCAAAUCUCGAGUAUGAUUAUUAUCGUGCGGAAUCACCCGCUGAAUCCACUGAGGAGCUUCCUCCUAUUGCGGCUAGGUUCAUGUCGCCUACCCCGGGAAUGAACGCAUCGCACGGAUAUACGAACCGCAGCAAAGAAGUCACCGCCCAAGAACCCGAAUCCAUGGAUUCCGACGAGGAAGACGAGGCCGCGGGAGGGACAGCCAGGAAGUACAGCUCCCGCAAAUCCACGGCCUCGAAGCACGAGCAUCCCCGAUCGCCUUAUCGACUAGGUGCCAGUCGGUCAACAGGCCGGGCCAGUGGUACCAAUGUUCCUUUCCCUUCUCGAUCCCACCACUCACUCCCUCCCCCUCCUCGCCACGGGCCAACAGCUUCCACGCAUUCGCUGGGACGUCAAUCCACGAUCGCCGAGGAACAGCGGGAUCGUAAGUACAGCCAAGGGCCCGCAGAACAGCCCCAGAAACCCGCCAUGCUGCGCAAAUUUAAGAAGAGCCAGACGGGGCCGGAGAGUGUCCUUGGUAACACUCUGGCCCCGCACCAGAUACCCGAAGACCUACGAAUAUGCCUGGAGGUGAUCGAUGGGGGAGUAUUCGACGGCCACAAGCGGCUGUGCGACGCUCUCAGGAAGCGAUACGAUGACCAAUAUCCUCUCGUCAGAUCCCUGGCCGACGUCUUCGUUUCCAAUUCGGAUAUCUUCCAAGGUUACGCCAAAUAUGUGCUUCAUCUCGAGAGAGCGCUGGAGCAGGUUGAUGCCGCGCUAUCUAACGUAACCACGAAGAAGCCCAAGAAGCAAGAUGCAGCAGAGUGGCUCAAGGUCUGCAAAGCAUUGCAGAAACUCGAGGAAAAUGCUGUCGACAAGGGCGAGACUGGUCUUGCGAUCACCUUGUCAAAGCCCUUCCAACGCCUCCUCAAAUACCCUCUUCUUUUCCAAAACCUCCUUUUCCAUACUGAUCCCAGCACGUUCGAGUACGAAAGUACGCUCCAAAUGGUCGCCGAGGUGGAAAACAUCGUCCGCAGCAUAGAGGAUGAGAAGAUUCAGAAAGAAGAGCGUGACAAGACUCGGGACGUCUUUGCGCGGAUAGAAGGCCUGGACAAAGUUCGCCAGCUCGCCCUUCCAAAACCUUCUCGCGUGUUGAUCGAAGAACGAGCUUGUGCUCCUGGCGCAAGUCCUCUCAGUAGCUCCGUCAAAGCUAACUCCUCGCCACCUCCUGUAGCCAAUGGGAAAGGAGUUCGCGGGAAAUCUUCCUUCAAGCGCCUUAGUGAUGUAUUACAGAGCAACAGCGUGGGCGGGAAGAAGGAUCUGUGGUUCGUGGUCUUUAAUGAUGUCGUGCUCCAGUGUCAACGGACUGGCACCACAUCACUGCCCCUUGUCGCAUCGGUAAAUUCCCGAACCAAUUCAUUACCCGAUUUCCAAGGCAAGGCAAAGUAUGCCACCACAGGUCGACGGAACUCUUACACGAAACCCCGUAAUCUAUACAAGUUCAUCAAAAUUGAGACGUGGACUAUCGGGGAUGUCCCUAGAGAGGGUGUGAUUUCAAUGGACGAGUGA